AAACAGCCGAAAGAAAUGAGCUCAGCAGCGCGGACAGCCGAAAGGGACAUGCAUUCGGUGUCAGUGCUCCGGAGGUUUCAGAGUACCUUGGUCGUUGCAGAACACAACAAUGAGUCUCUCACGCCCAUUACACUCAAUACCAUCACUGCAGCAAAGCGCCUGGGAGGGGAAGUUUCUUGUUUGGUAGCUGGUACCAGCUGUGAUAAGGUAGCAUCAGAACUCAGCAAAGUGCAGGGUGUUGCAAAAGUUCUCGUGGCUCAGCAUGAUGUGUACAAGGGAUUUCUAGCAGAGGAGUUGACUCCCUUGAUUGUGGAAACUCAUAAAAAAUUUAAUUACACCCACAUUUGUGCUGGAGCAUCUGCCUUUGGGAAGAAUCUUAUUCCCAGAGUGGCUGGCAAACUCGAUGUUGCCCCUGUUUCUGACAUUAUUGAAAUUAAGUCCCCAGAUACUUUUGUGAGAACUAUCUAUGCAGGAAAUAUUAUUUGUACUGUGCAGUGUGAUGAAGCAAUCAAAGUGUUUACUGUACGGGGAACUUCAUUUGAGGCUGCACCAGUGAGUGGUGGUAGUGCCAGUGUAGAAAAGUUGACCCCUCCACCACCCGUCGGUAUUUCUGAAUGGAUUGAGCAGAAGUUGACAAAAAGCGAUCGACCUGAGCUCACCAGUGCAAAAGUGGUUGUAUCGGGUGGGAGGGGCUUGAAGAGUGGUGAAAAUUUCAAGUUGUUAUAUGACCUUGCGGAUCAAUUGCAUGCUGCAGUUGGAGCUUCCCGUGCAGCUGUUGAUGCUGGCUUUGUUCCUAAUGACAUGCAAGUUGGACAGACGGGCAAAAUAGUAGCACCAGAACUUUAUAUUGCUGUAGGAAUAUCUGGAGCAAUCCAACACUUGGCUGGAAUGAAAGACAGCAAGUGGAGGCAGUAAAACACACAUGGUGUGGCAUCCUGGGUGUGGCAGGUAAGUGCCUCAGCUGCCCGUUGGGGUGGAACUGCCCCAAGUCAUUGUCUGCAGUGGCAGCGUGGAGGCGGGCAGGCAGAACUGCCCCAGUGCUGUGCUUUGGGCUCCUGCUUGGUAUAAGGCUCCUUCUGUGAGCUGAUGGGUUUGCUUCAGGAUUCUUUACCCUCCCUCUGUGGAGUGCUCCCCAUCCUGUUGCAGAUUUUUAUGUGGACACCCACCCGUGCUUAUUUUGCUGGAAGUUUUCACAGGCUGUUACAAGAUGAUUUACCUGUAUGGCAGAGUUUAAACCAAGACCCUUUCUGGAUCACUGUGUUGGGAUUUGUUGUGCUGUUUUCUACUGUCUGACACACUAAAUGCUGCAUAUCCCAUUUUAAGAAGAGAGGCCUCUGGGCAGGGCUUUACUGUGCUUUUUAACUGCUGCCUCCAGGUUGGUUCUGCAGUGGUGCAGUUUAGAAUGUGCAGAUAAUCCUUUGUAGUAAUUUUUUUCUAAGCUUUUCAACAGGGAAGGAUGGCAGAGAUGUGUAGGAUGAGCAGGGAAGGGAGGGGUUUGGUUUUUUUUUCAGGGGGACUGUGGUAUAUGUGGAAGGGGGAGAUGUUUGUUUUUGAGAUGGAAAAAUACUAAAUACCCAGAUAAAUCUGUUUCUUGGGGCUUGGAGAGAAUAUAGCCCGUUUCCUGGCUAAGACCUGGCACUGUAAUUCAGCCCCAGAGGAUGAUCAAUAUCUAGAUUCAUAUGGUGCUUUAACUUUGC